UUGUUAAACAAUAACACAGGAGGCCGGUAAGAGUGAGAGAGAGAUCAUCAUCGUACCUUGACGAUGGCUGAGCCUCUGAAGGCAAACGGCAAUGGAGCUGCCGAAGGGGGUGCUGCGGGCUCUGCGUUUGCAUCGGUGAAGGUGCCGCCGUCGCCGCCAAGGAGGCUGCAGAGGUUCGACUCCCUGCAUAUGGAGGCCGGGAAGAUUCCUGGUGGCCACAGCUAUGCAGCCAAGGUUGGCUGGGCGACGACACUGCACUUGGCCUUCCAGAGCCUAGGUGUGGUUUAUGGGGACAUGGGAACUUCACCCCUCUAUGUGUUCUCCAGCACCUUUACUGGUGGGAUCAAGGACACAGAUGACCUCCUUGGUGUCAUGUCCUUGAUAAUCUAUACUGUACUUCUCCUUCCAUUGAUGAAAUAUUGUUUCAUUGUCUUGAGAGCUAAUGACAACGGCGAUGGCGGAACAUUUGCACUUUAUUCCUUGAUAUCUCGGUAUGCUAGGAUUAGCUUGAUACCAAACCAGCAGGCUGAAGAUGCAACAGUCUCUCACUACAAGUUAGAGUCCCCUACGAAUCGUGUCAAGCGGGCUCAUUGGAUUAAGGAAAAGAUGGAAAACAGCCCGAAAUUUAAGGUCAUACUUUUCCUAGUGACAAUUCUAGCAACAUCAAUGGUUAUUGGUGACGGUGUGCUAACUCCAUGUAUUUCAGUGCUUAGUGCAGUUACGGGAAUCAAGCAAUCAGCAAAGUCGUUAACUCAAGGACAAAUUGCUGGCAUCGCAAUCGGCAUUCUGAUCGCCCUCUUUCUUGUCCAGCGCUUUGGCACAGACAAAGUUGGUUACACAUUUGGCCCAGUAAUCUUUAUAUGGUUCAUCUUAAUUGCCGGCAUUGGAAUUUAUAAUUUGAUCAAACAUGAUACUGGAAUUCUGAAAGCAUUCAACCCACAAUACAUAGUGGAAUAUUUCCAAAGAAAUGGGAAGGACGGCUGGAUUUCGCUUGGAGGUGUUAUCUUAUGCAUUACAGGAACCGAAGCAAUGUUUGCUGACCUUGGUCACUUCAAUGUGAGAGCAAUUCAGAUUGGCUUUUCUGCAGUUCUGCUCCCAUCAGUAUUGCUUGCUUACAUGGGACAGGCUGCAUAUCUUCGCAUCCACCCUGAAGAUGUUGCAGAUACAUUCUACAAAUCAAUCCCAGGUCCAUUAUAUUGGCCAACAUUUGUGGUGGCCGUGGCUGCUGCUAUAAUUGCAAGCCAAGCUAUGAUUUCUGGUGCCUUUGCAAUCAUUGCUCAGUCCCAAGUUCUUGGUUGCUUUCCACGGGUUCGUGUCACUCACACCUCAAAAAAGUAUCAUGGGCAGGUCUACAUCCCUGAGAUCAACUAUGCAUUAAUGAUCUUAUGUGUAGCUGUGACAGCUAUUUUCCAAACUACAGACAAGAUUGGCAAUGCAUAUGGUAUCGCUGUCGUCUUUGUGAUGUUCAUAACAACACUUCUAGUCACACUGGUAAUGGCCAUGAUAUGGAAGACAAGUCUGCUGUGGAUUGCACUCUUUCCAAUAAUAUUUGGCGGCGCAGAGCUCGUGUACUUAUCCUCAGCAUUCUACAAAUUUGUAGAAGGUGGCUACUUGCCACUAGGUUUUGCAGCAAUUUUGAUGCUUAUAAUGGGCACAUGGCACUAUGUUCAUGUUCAUCGGUACAAAUACGAGCUCAAGAACAAAGUGUCAAACAACUAUGUGGCAGAUUUGGCAACAAGGAGAAAUCUUGCUAGGUUGCCAGGAAUAGGCGUUCUGUACUCUGAGCUUGUGCAAGGAAUCCCACCCAUACUGCCCCAUUUGGUAGAAAAAGUACCUUCCAUCCAUUCAGUUCUUGUGAUUACCUCAAUAAAGUACUUACCAAUCAGCAAUAUAGAAACAAAUGAGCGGUUCCUCUUCCGAUACGUGGAGCCAAGAGAAUACAGGGUAUUCCGAUGUGUGGUGCGCUAUGGUUACAACAAUAAAGUAGAAGAUCCAAGAGAGUUCGAGAACUUGCUUAUUGGGAACUUGAAGCAAUUCAUCCAUCAAGAAUCACUCUACAGCGAAAGUAGUCAUUCCCUUGAAGGAGAAGAUAAUGCAUUCGAAGAAUCAGGAGAUGCAAUGGAGCCUUCUAUUGAAGUUCAAGAUGCAAGGUUGCCGAAAAGGUUUUUAGAUGGAAUCACUGCUAGCCCAGUGAACGGGUUAAUGGAUGAGAUAGAGUUUAUUCAGAGAGGGAUGGAUGAUGGUGUUGUCCAUCUGCUGGGAGAAACUAAUGUGGUGGCGGAGCAAAAUGCCGGUUUGGUGAAGAAAAUAAUAGUUGACUACGCCUACAAUUUCAUGAGGAAGAACUUCAGGCAACCAGAGAAGAUCACAUGUGUCCCUCAUAACAGGCUGCUGCGGGUGGGAAUGACAUACGAGAUCUAGAGAGAUGCUCAGUGGAUUGAUCAAAUUGACAAUAGCUUCAGUUUUCUCAGUACCAAGUGCAGAAAGGAUAUGCAGAGGAACAGCCUCCUUGACUGAACAGCAGAGGAUGGAGAGAUUUUAUGCGUACAAGUGGUGAAACUACAGUACAUGCAAUAUGUAUUUACCAUAUAAUAUUUUUUUUGUUAGGGAAAUUCUACUGUAUAAGUGUUUGUUAGCAGUAAGUAUGCAUAGCUGUCAAACCCCUAGUUUGGCCAACUCUUUGCCUUAUUGUGGAAAACUCAAAAUCUUAGUAUGUGCAGUUGUACACAAAGAUUGUAACCUACCGGCAAAAGUUAAACAAAUAAUAAAGUAUGACUUGUGUGCAUUCA